AUGGCGUCACCAAAGAAGACUGCGACGAAAGCUGCUUCAGCACCGAAAAAGGCUGCGGCGAAAACGAAGGGCGAACGGAAACCAAACGCUUACCAAGAGUUUAUGAAGGCAGAGAGUGCCAAGAUUCGGGAGUACAACAAAGCAAAAGGAAUCGAAAUGAGGCCACCUGAUAUUUUCAAGGAGUGUGCGAAGAGAUGGAACGAGAAAAAGUCCAAGACAAAGGCGUAA